UUUUAAAUAAACCAAACAUUAGUUGAAAAAAAAAGUUUUUAAUUAUUUGAAAAGUCAGCUAAAAAUUAGUUUUGAUAUCAAUAUGUUUUAUGAGGCAAUAAUUAGACAUUAAGUUUUCAAAUGAUAUAAAUGGUGGUGUCUUUAAAAAAUAAAAUAAAAAUUGUCUUAACCGGUGACCAAUUAAGUGAUUGAACAAAAAGACAUUAUAAUAUCGAUGACAAGCUUUUGGCGGAUGCGAUGGCUGCCGAAGAAGCGGACUCUGGCCAUCAUCUGUGGUCUACUUUGUCUGGCAUUCCUCAGCUAUCAGUUGUUGUCGCUGAAGGCACUUAAUGUCCAAAUGCUUCAGAUGUUGACCAAAGAUAAUAAUGUUGACCACAAAGUGAUAGUCAAUCAUAGGACAGAUGACAGUGUUGUUGUCGUUGAUGUUGUAGACGUCGAUAAUAUAGAUAAUGAUAUAAUUAGACAAUCAUUGGCUAAUAAUCAAAAUAAGUCGACAAUUAUUGUCGGCGUUUUGGCCAAAUAUGCUGAUCAUUAUUAUCGGCAAACCAGUGGCCAAUACUUUCGGUGUCUCGUAUCCGGUGAACAAAUUCAAUAUAAAUAUCUUAACGACGAUUACUGUGAUUGUAUUGAUGGCAGUGACGAGCCAUCGACUAAUGCCUGUCCACAUAAUCUAUUUUACUGUACAACAAAAGCAGCUAAUAGUGAACAACAACAAUAUAUAUCAUCUGCUAAAGUCAACGAUGGGAUCUGUGAUUGUUGCGAUGGAUCUGAUGAAUAUAAAUCAUUGUCCACACCAUUAAAGCUAACCGUCUCCCAAAUUGAAACCAUUAGAACAAGCAGGCGUAUAGUGCCAACACCUCCCUGUCCUAAUUUCUGUCGCACCGUUUAAAUGUGUAUGUGUGGGCACACAUUGACUACCAAUG